UUGGCUCAUAGGGCAUUUCCGUGCCUCGCGAACGACGCUUGCUCGCUGCACAUCGAACGCCUUGGUUCGCCGUAGGCAGCAGAGAUCGUUCUUUCAGCCAACAAUGAAGUCUUUCGUGGUUGCCCUCCUCGCCACUACGGCCCCAGACGUCCUGGCAGAGAAGGCGCGCGCCCUACGCAGCCGGGGCGUGCUGAGGCUAGAUGCCACUUCCGCUCUCAAGUCGUCGGCUGAGAAUCCGUGCCCUGAUGGGGCCGAGAACAAGUUCCCCUCCACUUUGGACACCAGCUACACUGUGGUUGGCAAGAACAAGUUGGACGCCGUGUGGGAUGUGGAGAAGCUCCGCGAGGCCUUGGGCAAGGAGGAGCGAUGGAAGAUCGGGGAGCCAUGGCUGCUGAAGGGCACUUUCACCAACAACGGGGCCGAGCCCCGCACCUUCGGCUUCCAAGCGGGGGAAAACAAAGGCUUCCUGAACAUCCUGGUGCCCGCCGGCUGUGUGGACUGCACGCUCUCCGCCAUGGGCCCGGUGCUCACCUCGGCACAGCACGCGGAGUUCCAGUACCGGGAUGACAAGUCCUUUACCAACGGCGAGGUCACCAUGACGAACCUUUGCUUGAUGCCGCAGGUCUGCAAAGGCUUCGAGUGCCCGCACCCGUUGACGCAGAAGGUCAAGGCCAACGACACCUUCGGCUACUCCGAGGCGGCCUGCUGCGCGCCCAGGAUGUGCAAGGACGAGGUCACGUGCGCUCCAACCACUCAGUGGGAGCCGCGUGGAGACUUCGAUGCCCGGGAGGGGUCCACGCUGCAGGGCUGCUGCAGCGCCAAGUACUGCCCAACGGACAUCUGCGACAACAUGACCGGCUGGGACAAGAACCCUGCCACUGGAUUGAAAGGAAGCACCAAGGAGGAGUGCUGCAUCCAGAAGGAGUGUUUGGACUGGAGCUGCUCGGACGUGCGCAUCAUGCGGAGGAGGAGCUCGCUGGUGGUGGACCCUGUGACGGGGAAGAACGUGACCCGCAAGGGCUGGGGCGACGUCGAGUGCUGUGAGGAGCAGAAGUGCACGGAGUUCAGCAUCCCGCCGGAGCUCCAGAGCCUUUGGAAGCUGAAGGACAAGGCAGCCGAGAUCACUGGCAACGAGCUGACUGAAUGCUGCGAGCCGCGCCUAUGCUUGGACUUCAGCUGCCCCAACAACACCCAGUGGCGGCCCAAAAACGCCUCUGCGCUCCCAGGCAGCACCAAGGAGCAGUGCUGUGAGAGCCUCUUUUGCAGCAGCCACACCUGCAGCAACACUACGACCCUGCAGAAGAAGGUGAAGCCAGAAGAGCGUCCGGGAUCCACAGAUGAGGAGUGCUGCGAGGAGAAGUUCUGCAAGGACUACAAGUGCAGCGACGCCACCAAGUGGAUCCACAUCUCCGACCAGCUGGGCCCCACCAACAUCGACCGUCGCGGCAGUUCCGACGAGGAGUGCUGUGAGAAGAUCUUUUGCCGGGAGGAGACCUGCAGCCCCAGCACCAUGUGGAAGCCGAAGGCCGACGCCAAGGAUAGUCAGGGCUCUACCAUGAGCCAGUGCUGCGAGCCAAUCUACUGCGGCAACUACACCUGCGAUACCGACGACGACGGCGAUGGCGAUGGCACCAUGUGGUACAAGAAGGUGGACACCAACUCGUACAAGUGGCAGGGCAGCACUAACGAGGAGUGCUGCCUGCCCAAGUACUGCAGUCAGUACACUACCUCCACACCCACACAGUGGAAGCGAAAGGCUGCGAAGAACAUCCAGGGCAGCACUGACGUAGAGUGCUACGACCAGCUUUGGUGCUCCGACUACUGCUGCGUGGGCGCCGGAUGGGAGAAGAAGCCUGAGCCGCAGACCCGCCCAGGCAGCACAGAUGCGGAGUGCUGCACCAAAGCGGACCUGCCGGAGACGCACGUCACUAAGGUGCGCUGAGCUGUGCGCUGAACGCGAAGAAGAGGAGGUCCA